AGCCGAAGAUGUCGGCUCGGUCAUGUGAUCAGCUGUGUCCAAUCACAGCUGAUCACAUGGCACUGAUGAUCAGUGUGCCCUGAUGAUCAGUGUGGCCCCAGAAGUGCCACCUGUCAGUGCCCAUCAAUGCCACCUGUCAGUGCCUAUCACUGCCACCUGCCAGUGCCCAUCAGUGCCACAUCAAUGGCACAUAUCAGUGCCUACCAGUGCACAUCAAUGCCACAUAUCAGUGCCCAUCUGAGCUGCCUUAUCAGUGCCAGUCAGUGCCACCUAUCAAUGCCAGUCAGUGCCACCUAUCAGUGCUGCCAGUCAGUGCCACCUAUCAGUGCUAGUCAGUGCCGCCUAUCAUUGCCAGUCAGUGCCACCUAUCAG